AUGGAGAGUGGAUAUGUCAUGGCACAUGCAGAUUCAAGCUUAUUUGUUAAAGUAAAGGAAGCAAAGAUCGCAAAAUUUUUGGUAUAUGUUGAUGUCCUCAUCAUCACUGGCGAUGAUGAAGCAGAAAUUUGUCAAACAAAGGAGAACUUGUCAGUUUUCUUUCAAAUGAAGGAACUUGGAGAAUUGAAACACUUCCUUGGAUUAGAAGUUGAUCAAACUAAGGAAGGUUUAUUUCUCUGUCAACAAAAGUACGCAAGAGAUUUAUUGCAAAGGUUUGGAAUGCUCGAGUGCAAGCCCAUCUCAACACCUAUGGAAACUAAUGCCAAGUUAUGCGCGCAUGAAGGGAAGGACUUGCAAGAUGGAGUAAUGUACCGACAGCUGGUUGGUAGCCUAAUUUAUCUAAGAUUGACUCAGCCAGAUAUCUCGUAUGUAGUUGGCAUAGCAAGUUGGUAUAUGCAACGCCCAAGGAAACCUCAUUUGGAAGCAGUCCGAAGAAUGCUAAGGUAUGUCAAAGAUGAGGUUAAGAUAGUUGGAUACUGUGAUGCUGAUUAUGCUGGAGAUCAUGAUACCCGUCGAUCAACUACUGGGUAUGUAUUCAAGCUUGGAUCUGGAGCUAUAUCUUGGUGUAGCAACAGGCAACCAACAGUGUCUUUGUCAACCACUGAAGCAGAAUAUAGAGCAUCAGCACUGGCAGCUCAGGAAAUUACAUGGUUGAUGCAAUUGAUGAAGGAUCUACAUCCGUUAAAAGAUUAUGUAAUGCUGUUUUAUUGUGAUAAUCAAUCUACUAUUCGCCUAGCAGAAAAUCCAGUUUUUCAUGCUCGAACAAAGUAUGUGGAAGUGCAUUAUCAUUUUAUGAGAGAAAAAGUACUACAAGAAAAGCUAAAGAUGCACAAAGUAAAGAGCGAAUACUAG